AGGACGGCAAGAUCCCAAUGGCGAUGGUGUCGACCCUAAAGAAGAUUAAGAGUGGAUACAUCAAUGGAACCAGAGUGGCUCUCGGCAAGAUGCAGGAGUUCCUCAACACAUCCUGCAUCACAAGCCUCAAUUUUCUCCAUGAUAAUGAGAAUGGCUACCCUGACAGUCUGAAACCAGAAGUAAAGGAUUACCUGGAGAAGCAGAUGCGAGGGUCCCUGUCUUGGAGGAGAGCUGACCUUGUCCGCAUGUCUUCGAGGUUUGGUGAGAAGAAAUCCAUCAGAGACCCUUCUGCCCGACGCAGGUUCUCUGUCAAGGGAACCAUCCGUAAAUCCCGUACUCUGCUUGUUGAUGAUGAGAAAGCAAGUGCUAUAGCCAAGGGGAGGCAGAAACUGGAAACUGUAGAAGCAAAUGUUCCUUCCCGAAGAAGAUCCGGACUAGAUCAUAUUUUCUACUACGGUGAAGCGUAUGGGCCUACAUUGGGACUGACACUAGAAGUACCAUCGCAAGGUUCGUCCCGACGAGAGUCAACAGUGACCUCCCCAACAGGCGAGCAGGGACCCCCUAUUCUGGAGGUGUCCUGCCCCGCGACACCAACACGAGUCACGCCUCCUCUCUCAUCUCGCUCGCGAUCGCCAUCACCCGAAAAGGAGGAGCUCUGGGAGUCCAUGGUCAGGCACAGUAGGGUGGCAUCAGAUGCUGUGUAUGAGAAUGUUGAGUUUGAGGAGUUGCUCCUGCAGAUGCGAGAAGCUGAGUCACUGGAGGAGCAGGGAGAUAUUCUGCAUUAUCUGGUUGUACAGUUUGGAUUGAAUUAUGAGACUGGCUCAGUGAUUGAAGGACAGCCUGUCAUUGUUAAGGAUCUUCUGAAGGAUCUCUAUGAAAGAGCAUGCCAUGACAAGAACUGGGCUCUUGUCAGGCAUACUGCUGGAAUGCUGGGCAAGAGGGUAGAGGACCUGGCCAAAGCAGUCACAGAUUUAUUAGUGCGUCAGAAGCAGGUGACAGUUGGACUCCCUCCCCACCAUGAGGUGACCAUCACGGCCCCACUGCCAGCAUCUGAACUACGGGUACUCAUCCACAAUGCGUACGGAGCAGACGAGUCCACUGCUAUGUUGACACAGGAGUUGUUGGUGUAUCUUGCUAUGUUCAUCCGCACAGAACCAAGUCUUUUCCAUGAAAUGCUAAGGCUCAGGGUUGGCCUCAUCAUACAGGUUAUGGCUUCUGAGUUGGCCCGCACCAUCAAGUGUGAGGCAGACAUAGCUUCUGACCAUCUCCUGAACCUGUCGCCUUUUGAGAUGAAGAACCUUCUCCAUCACAUCAUGUCAGGGAAGGAGUUUAACAUUGGAUCAGUCCUCCGCAAGCGUCAGGGAUUGAUAGACAAUGCUCGUAGUGGCACCUUCUUCAUCAGCAGCAAGUCGACCAAACUUAGCAAGAAAGGGUUGCAUGCUGAGAAGAAAGGGUUGCAUGCUGAGAAGAAGAGCACAAUCGGGAGCUUCCUGGGAACGACAGUUGAGGGGGAGGCCAGAGACCUUGAGGCCGACCGCCAUGGCCAGUGGCUCAGGCGCAGGAGGCUGGACGGAGCACUCAACCGAGUGCCGCUCAAUUUCUACCCAAGGAUCUGGAAGAUUCUAGAGAAGUGUCAGGGCAUUAACAUUGAAGGCAAAGUUAUCCCACAGAGUCUCACUCAGGAGAUGACAGCAGGAGAACUGAAGUUUGCCUUGGAGGUAGAGACUGUGCUCAACACCAUUCCUCAACCUGAGUACCGUCAGCUGGUUGUUGAGGCAUUGAUGGUGUUAUCACUUGUCCGGGAGUACCACCACACAGGCUGGCUUGGGGACAUUGUAUCUGCUCAGGACAUUGUCCAUCUGGCAAAUAAUAUUUUCCUACAGGACCAGAAACAAGAAGGGGGUGAUGCAACGACCUGCUGUGCAAGGGAUAAGAAAGAACCAGGUAUUGGGGGUGGUUUGACAUGUGGAGGAGCUGCCUACAUCUGCAUCCACUUUUACGACAGCGCUCCAUCUGGCAAGUUUGGCACAAUGUCAUACAUGAUUCGAGCAGUAUGUUGCAACCUGAAUUGCUUCCCACAAGAUGGUGAGAUGGACUGCACAGUCAGUUGAGCCAGUUCAAUAAGAGCAACAAAAGUAAUAAAAGUAAUUAUGCAGUUACGGUAGUCAAAUAUAUAGUGGGUAAAAUUUUAUUUCAAUGUAAUUCCCAUGAAUUUGUAAUGAUCCUUUAAUAUCAGUUGUGCAAGUUUUAAUGCUAGAAUCAGGAAGUUAAAGACAAUUAAUUUCUCAGUACAAAAGAUGGUGCAUAAGCAUUUUCCUUCAUCUUUUUUAUAAAGCAACAACAGUGCAUGGCAGUGCCUGGUACUGCCUUGACAAAGCCUUGCACAUCUGAAUUACAUUGCCACUGGAAUUGUUUAUGGAAAUCCUUUAGAGUUGAGUUGUGAAUCCAUUGUUAUUUAUCCUGUGGUGAUAUUGACCUUUUCUGAUGGUAUCAGUUAUGUUCAACAAACUAUAAUCUCAUUCAUAGUGCCAUAAAAUAUCAAAGAGAGAAGUUUUCUCUAACAUUGCAAGCUAUUUUAUUGCAAAGUUGGUAUGUUAAUUGAACCCUUUUAUUGAUUCAUUUGACAUUUGAGUUGUCCGCAGCUUGUCAUAUAUAGUCUUUUUUCCAUUUCUUCAUAUUCAAAAUGUACAACAACACUUAUUCACCUGUUUUUUUGUGUGAGUGCAUACCCAUGAAAGUCAUUUUACUUUUACACAGGACAUAUCAUUUCACCUACACUCCAGAUUUGUUCAUCUCAGCCUAUGAUUCUGAUUUGAUGUCUCAUAUAGUUGUAUCCUUUUGUUUCCCUUUUUUGACACUGUUGAAUUAAGUGCCAUUAUGUUAUGCAAAGUUUGAGUGUGAUCCUGUUGUAUGUACCAGUACGGCAAGUUACAAAACUUACCACAUGUGUUCCAAAUAUACAAAUAAGGUGCAAAUAUGAAUUGGUAAUGUUCAUGUUACAUAUUUAUACAUUAUAUAUACACAUAUAUAUUCAUGUGUUUCUGUAGCCACUUGAACUUCGUAUUUGAAAAUGUUGUAUCAAACAAGGCCAGUCAUGACAAUUUAUGUAAGCUCUCAAAGACUUUAACAAUGUCACCGGUGGUCAAAGGCUCAAAAGAUAUCCUUGGCAUGUUCUCAUUACUUACAUAUGCUGAAAUUUUACAUGAAGUGCUAGUCGUGGAAUAUUCAGUAAAGUAAACCAUGGACUGUAACUUCAUAUAUCACAUUGUAAACAUCUGAAGACUUCAAUCUGUGAACAAGUGGUUUUGUUAACAUUCAUUUUAAAUGUUAAUGAAGAAUACGAUCACUUCAUGUACAUUUUAUUCAUUUGAUUAAGCCAAAGAAAUAUAACAUCACUGUUAAAUAAGACACUGGUGCACAUGAUAAUUAUAGUAAUGAAAAAGACAUUUCUUUUGAUAUUUAUACUUUUUAUAACAGAGAUUGUAAACAAAUCAAAUUUAUACUUAUGACCAAAUCUAUUAUCAUACUAAUAUUGAUUUUGUUUCACAAGAAUACAUCAGUAUUUGUUUAAGAAAAAGUGAUCUGAAAUAUGAAAAUACAGUUUCUCAUUUAUUAUCGGAAUUAAAUAGCAAAACAAAUCAAAGUCAAAUGUGCACAAUUAUACACAUUAAUGGUUGUUUUUAGAGACAACUGUCGUAGUAGUAACCAGUUAGCAGAGUUCAUUGUUAGAUUCUCAAAUUAUUUAUUUGCCACAUAUGAAGUUUUUGUAGAGUUUAGGUACUAUAUUUUUUCCUUAGAAUGACACUAUGGUUAUAAUCUUUAUCUCUCAUUUUGCUUUUAUAGAAUAUUGUCAUCUGUUGAAUCUGUAAAUGUAUUGGUUUAAAUCUGUAAAUUGAUAUUUUGUUAAUAUGUGUGAGACCAUAUUAGCUUGCUUUGAAUACUUUACCUGUGUCCUUAAUUUUUAUGUGAGUUUUAUUAUUGAAGAUGUUGUGUAAAGUAUUGAAAGUUAUAUUAAAUAUCCCUGUGAUUUAUAGUGAUGUAUAAGUGAAAUUUGUAUAAGUGAAAUUAUAUACUUAGAUAUUUAAACAAAAUACAAAAAAGUUUGUCGACAGCAUCUGUCCAGAUGCCUCUUGUCAUUGAUUGCAAAAUGAAGAUGGAACUACAGUUUAAUUUUAAAUACAAAGGGAAGAAGUACUGCACACAGCUGACUAACACUGUCAUGUAUUGCAUGAGUGCUAGUCCUUAAGUCCUUAGGAAUGGUCUCUUAGCUGAUUUCAAAAGAGCAGUUAUUUUAUUUUGGACUUCAUUUGGGCGCUUAUUUUAUUUCUCAAAAAUGAUUUCCUAGAUCCAACAGUCCUUGUCCUCUUAAUGCUGCUGCUUGACUACAAAGUAUAUAGAUCAAAUGCCUUUUUUAUGAAAAGCAGUUCACUACAUUAUUUUCAACUGUGUACACUAUACAUGCUAUUGUAAAGAGGAAAUGAAGCAUUCAGUGAAAAGACCAUGAUUGAUGGCAGGCUGGGCCUGAAAAGGGGUAGGAUGAGAUCAUAAAAUCAUUUAGUAUUUUCAUUACAUGUAAAGGUGUACAGAAUAGGACAUUAUAGAAACAGAUUAAAAGCUUAAUAUAUAAUGCUAUCAAUUAUCUUUUAUUUUUUAUUAUUAUUAUUAUUAUUAAGCUUUCUCUAUUUUUGAGGAAUAUAAGUAGAAAAGGUUCUUAUAGGUAAUAGAAUUUUGAGGUGUUCCAUAUUAGGUAAAAAAAAAUUAGCUGCUUCCCAUGCUGUGCAUUGCCAGUAGGGCAUUUAAUUAUCCCUAUGUAAUAAGGCUUUCAUGAAUAAUAAAAAAUAUCUAAAAAAAGUG